CAGUAGGCACUGAUAGGUUUGUGUUCAUUCGUUAUCCUGUGUACAAUUCAUAGGUAGCUGUAGUCACUAUGGAAGAGAGCACCAAAACGAUGGAUGGAUUCCUUGGUUCAGUCAUUGAAGUGUAUACUUUUCAACGUCUACCACAAUUAGCUUAUACUCAAGUUGACCAACAAAUAUCUGAAGUUACUAGAUUUAAGGAGGAAACCGACCACGAUUAUUUGGUGGGAAGUUGUGGUGAAGGAAUGAGCAGCCACAGUGAUCUAGACAUUAUGAUAGUGAUGUCAACAUUUCCAGUUGUUUUGUGGCCAUCUCAAACAAAUAAAGAACACAAAAACGGGAAUUUUUUAAUUGCUGAGCAGAUUCCAGAGGAACCAGCGUAUAUGAAGCUUAGGGUAGCUGACAGAUCGUGUAUACAUGAGAAAUACAGAAGUACAAUUAAUAAGAAUGGGUAUUUUCAGUCCACCAGUUUCAUUACAAGUGUUAAGUGUAGCAAUAGUGGAUAUGUUAACGAUAUUCCAGAUCCAGAGGGUCUUAGGCCUAAUUUCAAGAUACAAGGUCCCGCAAUACAAGGUGCAAUAAAGUUGAUUCCGUGUUUAGAUAAUGUUUAUUGCUUGAAAUGUCAAUCAUGGCCGUCUUCUAUCAGUUAUAAAUAUUUUAACAGAAACAGACAGAACAAGUGGCCACCACAGAGGUUGUUAGACAAGAUCUCACAUUUAGACUGUCAUGUAGUCCCCGUUGGACAUCCCAGUAGCGCUUCAAAAGAGAUUGAAUGGAGAUUGUCAUUUUCCUUAGCUGAGAAAGAACUACUUCAGAGAAUGAGUAAGCCGUUCUUUAACUGUAUGUAUGCUUUGAAAUCAGUAAAACAAAAGUACAUCGUAUACAGUGAAUCUGACAAACCAACGCCAUUCUGCUCGUAUUUUAUAAAGACCGCUUGUUUUUGGAUGUGUGAGACUUUACCAGAAAAGGAUUACAGCAUCAUGACUUUAAUUAGAAGAGUAUUGGAUUGGCUUAUUGAUAGUUACAAAAACAGAAACCUACCUCAUUAUUUCAUUUUGGAGCAAAAUUUGAUUGGACAUCUAUCAGUGGAACGUUGUGAUGACGUAAUAGCCAAAUUGACAGCAGUUAAGAAAAAUAUAUGGACUAUGGUAUUGACAAGUGUUGACAAAUAUCGCAUUAUAAAUCAAGUGGAAGACCGCGAUAGUAACCUUAGGAUUCCGAGAGUCAGCGGAGAUGACGACUAUAAAACUGUGGUGUCCAUUCUUUUGAAUGACCCAAAGACAACAGAAUCUCUUGAACAGUAUUUUUCUAAUAGACGUCGUGGUGAUUCUUUUUUAGUGCAAGGUGAAUGGGCAGGAAAGCGUUUUCGUAACACAUUUAUUCACCUUGACUUGCUAAUAAAACAGAGAGCUUUCUCAGAAAUGCUUAGAUGUCCAGAAGAAAUCAUAAUUCCUAUUGUAGACAACAUUAACGAGAUAGUGCCGGAGGGAUAUGGAGACAUUUUCAAAACGCGUUUGUAUAGACUUCUGGGUGAUAUGUACACUUAUCUAUUGAUUUACUUACGAAAAAUUGAUUAUCAUGAUUAUCCAGCUAUCUAUCAGAAUAAACCCUUACACUACUAUACAUUAGGUGCUGAAAUGAUGUACCUAGACGAAUGGUCGGACAGAUGCAUAGGUGGUCGAGCCCAUAAAGUACAAUAUCAUUAUUUAAUGGGUAAUUAUAAAACAUUGAAAGAGACUGUAGACUGGAAAUCCGAAUUGAGUAAACUUAAAGAAAAUGACAUUUUUAUGAACACAAUCUGUAAAAUAAACAUACAUAUAGAUUCAAUCAUAGUAAAAAGUGCGUGGAGUAUUGAUGAAAAUCUGCAGCAAUGUCUUAAACGUACUUCUGGAGCAGUAGCAGUGCAUCCAAUCGUAUUUAUCUUUGUAAUGGCCAAAUUGCAUCUUAGAGAGGGAGAACUAGAGAAGGCCUCCGCGAUUGUGCAAGAAAUGAACGGUUGCUUUAAGAUUAUUAGGCACCUCGCAUUACGUAAUACUACAACGUCAAUGACCGAAUUGAUAGAAAUUGAAAUACUAGAGUUAAGAAGAAUGUUAUACUGUCCGAAUGUAUUAACACCACUUGAGAGACCUGCCCUUGUUCAUGCCUUAUAUUCACCGACACAGUGACUGCGAAUAUGAAUAUUAAGCCUACAUCUCUGUAAAGCAAUAUUGGAGGUCACUAUGAUUGUUUGUGAAUGGUUUAGAGCUAACAGAUUGUCAUUGAAUUACAAAAUGUAAACCCUUAAUUUACAUCAACACUAUACCCAAUUUUUAACAUGUUCAACAAAAGAAGAACACUAAAAUGAGGCUAAAUUCACUUUGAUCAUAAUCAUAUGUGGUUAAUUGACACGAAAUGAUCCAAAUGCUGGAUUCAUGAACUCUACACUCAUUAUUCAAGAAGUACUUUUAUAUCAUAUAAGCA